GACAUGGUCCAGCGCAUUGACAGCCACGACGACCCGCGACUUGCGAUGAGCGACCCGCGAUGCGAUGAGCGACUUGCGACUCGCUACGCGCGACGAACGAGAGCUUCGAAGGAGAGCUUCCGGUCUCGCAUCGUUCGCGGCGCGCAAAGUUCCUUAACCAAACAGCAAGACCCCGAGUGACCGGCCGAUUGCAGACGGUCUUUGUAGAUGGCGACGGAGCAGCAGCGCGGAGAAGAAGCGCAAGAGCACGGCGACCUCCGAUAGCUCACGUCGAGGCGAAGAUACUCGGGAGCUCAUACCAGGAACACUUCACCAGAGCCGCCAGGACCAGGGCCGGCGACACACAACCUCCACGAACACCUCUGCCCGUGCUACGAAAGCCCUGACCAUCUGCACCUGCGAUUGCAUCCUCGACUCGACGACCAUCGGCACAACUCCUCCAGCGUUUUGGGAGUCCGCACGACUACCGAGUACGGCAGGGCAAUGGAUACAUUGAGGGCGAUGGAGACUUUGCAAGAGGUGUGCUUGCAAAAGGUGGGAGGACAAGAGAUGUGCCUGCAAGAGGUGUGAGGGCAAGAGGUGUGAGGGCAAGAGGUGUCACUGCAAGAUGUGUAAGGGAUGAAUCGGAAGAGGGCAU